AUGACAGUAGAAUGGCGUAAGAAUUCUUCGUGCCCCAGUAUAAACUAUGUAAAGUACUCAGUAGGUGAAUUAACAGUUAUGAAUAGUUCAAUGUCUAAUUUCGUAAGGCUUAGUUUAUAUGACGAUAUUGAAAAUUAUCUACCUAUACCACAUCACCUUGAUGAACGAACUAAUUUCAGUGAAAGAUAUCCAAAGCAACGUGUUGGAAUCGUUACAAAAGGAUAUUCUGAGAGCUUAAACAAAAUACAAAAUCCUAUUUCACUCCGACAAGUUAAAUCAGUGAGUACGGAUACAUUAGAUAUGAAUAUGGAAGAUAAUUUAAAAAUGAACAAUUUAAAGAGGGAGAAUAUUAUUUUAGAACAACAGAAAGACAUUGCUCAAGUACAAACACUUGUAUUUUAUCUAAGUGAACAGUUGAUGCUCAAUAAAUUUACUGAAAACAUUACUGCAACGGAAGGUGAAUCUUUACUAGAUGACCCAUUUCAUCAUCAUUGUAAUCAUCCUCAACGAAAAAGACAAGGACAAUUUCCAGUUCAACAACGAACUAUGUCAGAUGAUACUGAAAAUCAGGAAGAUACUCGGUCACAGAAUAAUAGUUAUCUUAAAUUAUUUAGUGAUAAAUAUACAGAAACUAAUGAACAACUCUCAAUCAAUACAAUAGCAUCAGUGCUUAAUUCACAAGUUAAAUAUGGCCCAAGAAAUCUUAAAGCAACUUUGGUUACGUUGGAUAAUACAUGGUUAAUAUCAUGGGAUAAACCAGAGUCAAUAGAUUCUGAGGAGACAACAUUUUCUGCUAUUACUGGAUAUGUUUUGUCAAUUAAUGGAAUUGAAAUGAAGCGUAUAUCAAGUGUGAAUGUUACCAAGUCAAUAAUUAAUCUGUCAGAAUCGGUCAAAUAUCCUGUGAUAUUAAAAAUUCAGUUGACAGAUGAGAAUAACUGUUUAUCUGCACCAGCAUUGAUAACAUUGGAUGUUUAG